AUGUCAUCGUCGGGCGCAAUGGAUCUGGGAAGAGUAACUUCUUUGCAGCGAUUCGGUUUGUCCUCAGCGAUGCCUACACUCACAUGGGGAGAGAGGAGCGCCAGGCGCUACUGCACUGCUGACAAUCAGCAGGAGGGGUCCGGGUCAGCCGUGAUGUCCGCCUACGUCGAGAUCAUCUUUGAUAAUUCCGAUGAACGUUUUCCCACCGGAAAAGACGAGCUGAUUCUCCGUCGUACUAUUGGACUGAAAAAGGAUGAAUACUCUCUGGAUCGAAAAAAUGCUACCAAAGCAGAUGUAAUGAAUUUGUUGGAGUCGGCAGGGUUUUCGCGCUCGAAUCCAUAUUACAUCGUACCCCAGGGCCGUGUUACAACUUUGACGAAUAUGAAAGACUCGGAACGUUUGGUUCUUCUUAAAGAAGUCGCAGGUACACAAGUGUAUGAAGCUCGCCGCGCGGAGUCAUUGAAAAUCAUGAACGAAACCAAUAAUAAAAUUGCCAAGAUUGACGAGUUGCUGGAUUACAUCAACGAACGUCUUGCAGAAUUAGAGGAGGAGAAAGACGAACUUAAGAAUUUCCAAGAAAAGGAUAGGGAAAGAAGAUGCCUCGAGUAUACAAUCUAUGCACGAGAACAAGCCGAAAUCGCCGGUGCGCUCGAGAAUAUUGAGAAUCAAAGGCAAACAGGGGUUGACGACACGGAUGCGAAUCGCAACAGAUUUAUACAGGGUGAAAACGAUAUUGCGCAAGUUGACACUGAAAUAGCAGAGCACAGACAACAAAUUGAACUUCUCAAGGUAGAGAAGUCACAGUUGGAAGAUGAUAGGCGGGAUGCUUCUCGAGCGCUCGCUCAGGCCGAGCUGCAAGGGAAAUCUCUUGCGGAUGGACAAUCUGCUGCCCAGCAAGCUAAGAGCAGGCGCGAAUCGGAGCUGAAUUCUGUACAGACUGCGAUAGCGGAGCGUGAAGCGGAAUUAAACAAGCUGACCCCCGAAUUCAUAGCACUCAAAGAGGAAGAGGAAACUUCUAAGUCGAACUUGACCGAAGCCGAAACAACUCGCCAGAGACUCUAUGCCAAACAAGGUCGAAUUUCGAGAUUUCGAAACAAGUCAGAGCGAGAUAAAUGGCUCCAGAAAGAAAUUCAAGAUACUUAUACGUCACUUUCAACAGUGAAAGCCGUCCGCAUGCAAACCGCCGAAGAAAUAACACAGCUAGAGAAUGAAAUCGCAUUAAUAGAACCUGAGACAGAGAAACUUCGAAAGCAGCUGGAUGGAAGGGGUGAUGCAAUGCAGUCAAUGGAUCAAGAAGUUCAACGAGCAAAAGAUGAGCGAGAUAGCCUGAUGGACCAGAGAAAGGAACUUUGGAGAGAGGAAGCUAAACUUGAUUCGAUUCUGUCGAAUGCUUCCCAAGAAGUGGAUCGCGCGGAGCGGAGCCUCUCGCAUAUGAUGGACCACAAUACGAGCCGUGGAAUUGCUGCAGUACGUCGGAUAAAGCGCCAGUAUGAUCUUGAUGGUGUAUUCGGAACAUUAGCGGAAUUAUUUGAUGUCAGCGAUAGAUAUCGUACGGCAGUCGAAGUUACUGCCGGACACAGCCUUUUUCAUUAUGUUGUGGACACUGAUGACACCGCCACGAAGGUAUUGGAAAUAUUGCAAAAAGAGAAAGCUGGCCGAGUGACGUUUAUGCCCUUGAAUCGACUCAAGCCCAGACCUGCCAACGUCCCAAGAGCUAGUGACACGAUUCCCAUGAUUGAAAAGCUCCAAUAUGACUCAAAGUAUGAGAAAGCUUUUCAACAGGUUUUCGGCCGCACCAUUAUUUGUCCCAAUCUUCAAGUCGCAUCGCAAUACGCGCGCAGUCAUGGUGUUAAUGCCAUUACUCCAGAUGGCGAUAGGUCAGAUAAGCGCGGCGCCUUGACUGGUGGUUUCCACGACUCUCGCGUAUCACGUCUUGAUGCCAUGAAAACUGUGACGAAAUGGCGCGAUGAGCUAGAAGCCAAAAGAAACCGGGGUGUCGAGAUUCGUCGUGAGCUGGAUAAGAUGGAUCAGCUUAUCACGAGGGCAGUUGGAGAACUGCAAAAGCUUGAGCAACGGAAACAACAGUUCCAAGGUAGCAACGCGCCUUUACGCCAGGAAAUCAAAAGUAAACGAGACCUUCUUCACAACAAAACAGAUACGCUGGAAGCAAAACGUCGUGCGUUGAAGAAUAUUGAAGCCAACAUCACUGCAUUAACUGAUCAAAUCAAUGCACAUGAGGAAGAAUUGUCCACGCCGUUCGAAAAAGCUUUGUCAAAUGAGGAAGAAGCCCGCCUUGAGAGCUUGAGCUCUGUGGUUCAAGACCUUCGGCGUCAACAUUCAGAUGUGUCUAGCAAGCGGAGCGAAUUAGAAACUAGAAAGUCGAUCCUAGAGGUGGAAUUGCGAGAAAACCUUCAUCCCAGGCUUGAUCAGUUAUUAGGCCAUGAUAUUGAAGCUGGCGAGGAUACCAUUCAAGGAAAUCUGAAAGAAAGCCAACGUCAGAUUAAGAAGCAGACCAAAGAACUGGAAAAGCUCAAUCAACGACUACAGAAAUUGGAGGAUUCCAUCGAAGAAAGGAAUGCCGAAAUGAUCCAACUUGAACAACGCAAGGCUGAUAUCAGACGGGAACUUGAUGAGCUUGCCAAGUCAAUUGAAAGACACCAGCGGCGAAUGGAAAAGAGCAUGCAGAAGAAGGCUGCAUUGACGAAGCAAGCUGCUGAAUGCAGUGCCAAUAUUCGUGACUUGGGGGUGCUGCCAGACGAGGCAUUCACCAAGUUUAAGAAUACGGAUUCUAAUGCAGUCGUUAAGCGAUUGCAUAAAGUUAAUGAAGCACUAAAGAAAUACUCCCAUGUUAACAAGAAGGCCUUCGAGCAGUACAACAAUUUUACAAAGCAGAGAGAGACAUUGAUGGGGAGACGAGAAGAACUCGAUGCUUCGCACAAAUCAAUCGAUGAGCUGAUUACAAUUUUGGAUCAACGAAAAGACGAAGCAAUCGAGCGGACAUUCAAACAAGUAUCUCGUGAAUUUGCCAAGAUAUUUGAGAAACUGGUUCCAGCUGGACGUGGUCGGCUUAUCAUCCAAAGGAAAACAGAUCCUACGAAUCGGCAAGAUGACGAUAUUGACUCUGAUGAGGAAGAAACGCGCCGUAGUGUCGAGAAUUACGUCGGUGUUGGUAUUAGCGUCAGCUUCAAUAGCAAGCAUGAUGACCAACAACGAAUUCAACAACUUAGCGGAGGACAGAAGAGUCUUUGUGCCCUAGCACUUGUCUUCGCGAUUCAAGCAUGUGAUCCGGCUCCUUUCUAUCUCUUCGACGAAAUCGACGCCAAUCUCGACGCACAAUACCGCACGGCGGUCGCACAAAUGCUCAAAUCUAUUUCAGAGGAAACAAACGGCCAAUUUAUCUGUACUACUUUUAGGCCGGAGAUGCUUCACGUUGCGGAGAAAUGCUACGGUGUUAGUUUCCGGAGUAAAGCCAGUACUAUCGAUGUAGUGUCGAGAGAGGAGGCGUUGAAAUUUGUGGAGGAGCAAAAGACUUGA